GCCGUUUCCCGGCAGGGCGCGCGCUCGCGGCGGAGUUCUUCCUAGUGCAGGGGGGCGCGCGCUGCCCGCGCCAGUCGGCCCGGGCGCGCGCGUUGCGCCGCACGCCGGCCGGCGCUGUCAGCUGCUCGCGCCGCGCUCCCCGCCCUCGGCGCGCGCCCGCCUGCCCGCUCCCCCGCCUCUCGUGCGCCGUCUCCUCAGCCCGCCGGCGGCUCCGUUAAGCGGCGGCGGGUUCCUGCUUCCGACCCCCCUGCCGCGGGGUGCCCGCGCCCGCCCGCCCGCCACCCUCCGCCCCGCCACCCCUCCGCUCGCCUCGGCGCUUCCCCACGCCCUCGGCGACAGUAGCGCGGGCUCGGCAAGCGGCGCCGCAGACGGAGAAUUACCUGGGCUUCAAAAUGAAAGUAAGAAGAAGAGUCUUCAAAAUUAUUAAUUUGAACAAUAAUUAUAGGUGUUAUUAAUUUCACUGCCUGCUGGACUAGUGGAAUUACUUGUUAACUUCCAAGCCUAUGAUGCAGUUGUGUUUAUUUCCUGCUGUCAUGGAGAGGAAUAUAAACCAAGAAUGAUGCGAUAUUAAUGCUUUCUAUACACAGCCCCAUAAGGAUCUUCUCUAACAAGCCACAGUAAAACACUGAGAAUAAUUUUUCUCCAGUACAAUGUGGUGAAGCAGAGGAACUGAAAUUGUCCGCUUUCGUACAGGCUAAAGGCUUAAAAUGUUUGUUAUUUUGUAAGCAGAAGGAGUUCUGCAGUGAAUUGAACUUCUGAAAAUGCGGCCAUGGACUGGUUCCUGGCGUUGGAUUAUGCUCAUCCUCUUUGCUUGGGGAACUUUACUCUUUUACAUUGGUGGACAUCUGGUACGAGACAGUGAGCAUCCAGAUCACUCUAGUCGCGAAUUAUCCAAGAUACUUGCUAAACUGGAACGUUUAAAGCAACAAAAUGAAGACUUAAGGCGGAUGGCAGAAUCUCUCAGGAUACCAGAUGGUCCCAUUGAUCAGGGACCAGCUGCAGGAAAGGUACAUGCUUUAGAGGAGCAACUCUUAAAGGCCAAAGAACAGAUAGAAAGCUAUAAGAAGCGGACAGCAGAUGGAGGCCUUGGAAGAGACCAUGAAAUCUUGAGGAGGAGGAUUGAAAAUGGUGCUAAGGAACUUUGGUUUUUCCUCCAGAGUGAAUUGAAGAAGUUGAAAAAUCUAGAAGGAAGUGAACUGCAAAGACGCAUUGAUGAAUUUCUGUCUGAUUUGGGUCAUCAGGAAAGGUCAAUAAUGACUGACUUGUACUACCUCAGUCAAACAGAUGGAGCAGGAGACUGGCGAGAAAAAGAGGCCAAAGAUCUAACAGAUUUGGUACAGAGGAGAAUAACUUAUCUACAGAGAUUUUAUAAAAAACCUUUUUGGAAUGCAGAAGUACGUCUAGAGGCAUGCAAGUAUGAAUGGAACCCGAAGGACUGCAGCAAAGCUAAGAAACUUGUGUGUAAUAUCAACAAAGGCUGUGGCUAUGGUUGUCAACUUCAUCAUGUAGUCUACUGCUUCAUGAUCGCUUAUGGCACUCAGCGAACACUCAUCUUAGAGUCUCAGAAUUGGCGCUAUGCUACCGGUGGCUGGGAGACUGUAUUUAGACCUGUAAGCGAGACAUGUACUGACAGAUCAGGUACCACCACUGGACACUGGUCAGGUGAAGCUAAUGAUAAGGAUGUUCAGGUGGUGGAACUUCCCAUUGUUGACAGCUUACACCCACGGCCACCUUAUUUGCCUUUGGCUAUCCCGGAAGACCUGGCUGACAGGCUCAUUUGUGUACAUGGUGAUCCUGCAGUGUGGUGGGUCUCGCAGUUUGUGAAAUACUUGAUUCGUCCACAGCCUUGGUUAGAAAAAGAAAUAGAGGAAGCCACAAGAAAACUUGGUUUCAAACAUCCAGUGAUCGGUGUUCAUGUUCGAAGGACAGACAAAGUAGGAACAGAGGCAGCAUUUCAUCCCAUUGAAGAGUACAUGGUACAUGUUGAAGAGCGGUUUGAACUUCUUGCUCGCAGAAUGCAUGUUGAUAAAAAAAGAGUGUAUUUGGCUACAGAUGAUCCUUCAUUGUUGCAAGAGGCAAAAUCCAAGUAUCCAAAUUAUGAAUUUAUCAGUGAUAACUCCAUAUCUUGGUCAGCGGGACUUCAUAACCGAUACACUGAAAACUCCCUAAGAGGUGUUAUUCUGGAUAUUCACUUUUUGUCUCAGGCAGACUUCCUCGUCUGUACAUUUUCAUCCCAGGUUUGUCGAGUUGCUUAUGAAAUUAUGCAGACAUUGCAUCCAGAUGCUUCAGCAUAUUUCCAUUCUUUGGAUGAUAUCUACUACUUUGGGGGACAGAAUGCCCACAACCAGAUUGCUAUUUAUGCUCAUCAUCCACGAACUGCUGAUGAAAUUCCUAUGGAACCUGGAGAUAUAAUUGGAGUAGCUGGAAACCACUGGGAUGGUUAUUCAAAAGGCAUCAAUAGGAAAGUAGGAAGAACAGGCCUGUACCCGUCCUAUAAAGUUCAGGAGAAAAUUGAGACAGUCAAGUAUCCUACAUACCCAGAGGCUGACAAGUAGAUUAAAAUGAAGACAUUCAGCAGUAAUUCUCAAUUUUGAUUGGUUCAAACCAGUCAACACACUAACUAAUUGUUUAUAUGGGACUUGAAUUUGCAUUUUAUCAUGCAGUUAAAAUCAAAGCCUUUAGAAUGAAACUGGAUAAGAAGCUGAGAACAAAUGGAUGGGCUAUUAUCUGAACUUACUCUUAAACAUUUUUGGUUAUAUGCACUCUCGCACAUGCACACACAAAACCAUGUACAGCAGGAUAACUGUUGUUUUAUACCUUUUUGUUUUUUUUCUUUUCAGGAUUUGUCCCAGUCAUUAGUCUUAUGUGAGCUUUGGGCUCUUUCCUCUGCCGUUAACUAACAAUAAUGUUCAGAUGUAUAACACUGCCACAUUGUGUAAUUUGAGUGACAUGAGCCUAUUUGGUAUGUACAAAAUUUAAAACAUGGUGCCUACAUUUGAAAAAUUUGUGAUCUUUUUAGAAGAGCCAUACAAUGGGCAAGAAUCAAUCUUCAACUGGUGUUACCGUGGCCACUGAACUUGCUUCAAACAACAGAUUCAGAUUUCAGACUAGAUUUCUUUACAAGUUUAUUUUUAGCAUUCCAUUGUUUACUUCUCAUCAUUAAUAAAAUAAAGGAUACAUCCAACAACAAAAUAGUCACUGUCUAUUAGGAACUUUUGUAAAACAAAGCCAUGAACAGAUUCUUUAGUACUGAUGAUGUUUCUGGACAUUGCCUUUGAUUGAAAAAACAAAACAAAACAAAAACCCCCACAAAACCCACAAAGGAAAAAGUAUCUGGAGUUUAAUUGAAUUUUUAAACACUCAUUAUGUAGUACAACAACUGCUAAUGGUGCAGAAUUUGAGUUUUGUGGACAGUGGGUUUCAGCAGGAUAACUUCAGGGGCUCAACUUCUUACAUUUACUCUCUAGCGCUGUUCUUUCAUCUUCUGUGUUUCUCUUAAUACACUAAAAAUAGUUUUUUAUAGAUGGCCAUUUAUCAUUUUGGCACUGAAUAUAGUUGCUCUUAAGUAAAAUACUUAAGGUUAUCCCACUUAUAGGGCCUGUCAAGCUAGAGUACUUUGAAAAAAAUCUACCUAAAAAUUUACCCCAAAAAUAGCCAAGAAAAUACAUACAAGGGUGAGGUUUUGUGCAUGACAUAAAACUGUUAGUAAUUCUUAUUGUUUGAAAUCUGUUGCUAGUCUGCUCUCCAUUAAGAAAACAGAUAAUUUACAAAACAAUUUUACAAACAGAUUUGUAAAUUUGGGGCUUGUGUGUGUAUAUAUAUAUAAAAAAAGUAUGAGAUAUCAAGAGAUUAUUUCCAAAUAGAAAGAAUGUUAAUAGCAUUAUACAGCUUCUAGUGCAAUCUAAUCUGGAAUACUGGAAGUACAGAAAAUGUUUAUUAUUCAGGCACUGAGAAAAUGCCACAUGAGUAAAGAUUAAAAGAGCAUGGCUGGUUGACAUUACAAAGAAAAAGUGAAAAGGAUAUUUCAUUAUAUUUAUGAAUAGAUCAAGAACAGUGUUGACAUAACAAAUGGAUGUGCUUGACAAUGAAUAACUUUUAGGCUGAAAAGUAAAAGGAAAUCUCUGGCGGUGUGAAGUUCAGAAACAGUCUUCCAAUUGAAAUAGUGAUAAGAUGGAACUUGAUUGGUAUGUAAAGGAAUUACCAAAGUAGUUCUCUCUGACAUUACUUGUAGGACUGAUCCUAUAGAUCCCUUCCAGUUAUGUGUACCUCAACUCAGAAACUAUUUUGUGUCUUGAAAAAGAAUAACAAAAUCAAAGUUGAAAACUGCUGUGGAAAAAAAGGAUAAAUGGCCUGAUAGUACUAUUAAAUGGGCAUAUCAGUAAAAAUGAGCAUAGAUACCAAAUGGGAUUUAAAGACAAAUUGAAGGAUAAAGGCAAAUGAGUAAGAGUGGCCAAAAAAUGCUAAAGAUCAUGAAGUUUUGUGACUAAAGAUGGCUAGAGUUACCUGGUGUUUCUAUAUUUUGGCGCCACUAAGGACGCUGUUCAUCGUUAGUUUCCUAAGUGAUUCUUAUAAAUCUUUCAGUAACUUAGCCAAACUUGUGGUAUUUCAGAGGCACAAAUGUAGGCUAAAUAAUAACUUUAUUUUUACUGAAAUUUGAAUUGUACAUAUAAUGCUACCACUACUUUCCUUUUCAACUUGAAAAAAAAAAAAUCCAAACCCACAAACAUUUCUUCCUCAGUGAUUAGAUCAAUGCAUUUUAUCUUUGGGAAAACUAAUUUAAUUAUUUCUCCACAAAUACUACAUUAUCUAUUUGAUAUUUAUAGAUUCUGAAAAUGUUUUAUUUUUGAAACUCUCUACUUACAGCUUCAGAGCUCAUCAUUUCCUGACCAUUUCUUAGAUGCAAAAAUAGUAGUCAUAAAUGAAUUAACAUAUGAAAAUUCCUCUAUAGUCAGGUAACUGAAUCGAAAAUAUCACUAAAGAAGAUAAAUAACAGAACAUCUAAGAUGAGCCCAAAGGCAGGAGCAGAUCUUCUGAUGUAGUAACAAGAGAAAUGAAACCACUGAUGUUAUAGACGACAUACCUAUAUAAUGUGGCAAUUCCUCAACAGGCUAUAUCUGACAAAAUACUUGCAAGUUGCAUAUGCAUCCUUACAUAUUUUAAGUACCUAAUGAAUAAUUAGCUCAUCAUCUUUAAGAAAAUUAUAAUGAAAGGGUAUGAAAUUAUAAAAUUAUUGUUAAUAAUUAGGAAAUGUACUAAUGUAGAUGCUAUGGCCAUAUUCCCCUGGGCCAUAUGAUCCUCUGGUGCUUAUAAUGCAGUACUUCUCAGAGGAAGAAACCUAGCGAUAGGCUGCUUACUAGAUGCAUCUGUUUCUAGAGAUUUGUUUCCUUUAAGACUACCAGAUAGUUACAUCUUGGAAUCUUGGGAUCUUGGGGAUAUUAAAACUGAAUUUGUUAUAUAUUAAACAAAAUGAAUAUUAGAGAGUUUAUUCUCAGUUAUGGUGGAGUCCAGGUAGUAUGAUAGCCCCAAAUUUUUAUUGUAGCUGGCAGAAAAGUGAAAUAACAGGAAAAAAAAAUUUUGUAGAAAGCGGAAUCUUUUGCAAGUUGUGAACUUGUUAAGAUACUAGCCAGAAUGCUUGCAAGCAAGCAAGUAUACAUCUUGUGUUUUCCAUUUGCCUCAUAGCUCUGCAACAAUCCAAUUAUGUAAUUUUUGCCUCACACCAAACCACCAAAUCUGACAUCCAUAAAACAAAGACAGCCCUCAUAGUCUCUCAAAUAAGCUGAUGUUUAAUUGUGUGUGUGUGUGUUGUGUUCAUAAAAAAGAAUUUGAACAGUACUCUUCCCUUCUUUGCUAUUUUACAUCAUCAUGUUCUCUCUAAUAACUUGUUUGCCAGGCAAAUGUAGUCUCUGAAAACUGAAUAUUCUACUUGCCUCUUACCAGUUGGGCUAAGAAAUUUCUUCUGAGUAGUUCAAGUAACUAGUCUUCUGUGACAUUGGUGCACCUGGAGACUGGGGUCAUCAGCAACAGUUUGCUGCUACCACUGCAAUUACACCAACCCGAGUUCUGUCCUUGAUUUUCAGUACAGCCUAUAGUCAGAUGCAUGGGAUUCCCAAGCAUCCUCUGUCAACAUCCUGUCCCUGUUAACUGCAGAGGAUUAUGGAUUUGUUCAUGAAGCAUGAUGUUUUAUUUCAAAAUUUUUAAAUAUUUACCUUCAGAGAAGUCUUUUGACUACCCCUUCUACCACUGAAUUUUAAGCAAACUUGCAAUUACCAGAAAGAUUUCUCUCAUUUACCGAUUUUUCAGAAAAAAGAACUGAUGAUACCUUUCUUAUGGAGAGAUAUUCACAGUGUGAAAGUUUCUUCCAUAAUGGGUUUUAUGUUUCUUUGACAUGCAAUUAUACAAUAAGGGUCUUGUCUCCUGAGCUAGGAACAUAGCAGAAUAUAAAAUGGAAAAUUUUCAUUACAAAUUCUUUAUAAGGGGAGGGACAUUUUCCUUUAUGCCAGUGGAGUAACACCUGCCAUUUGGAACUUUUUCAAAACAGUGAAUUGAACUUUUGUUUUUUCCAGGGCCUAAGUUUCUUUGCAGUGUGCAAAGAAGUGUCAAGUGUCUGAAGAAUCCAGGUAAAAAUCAUUUUCUUAGUUCAGGAGGUGGAAAGGAGAGAGUCUAAUAAGAAGACAUGAUACUGUAUUUUUAAUUUAAGUUGCUGUAUCAGUUUCUAAAGUGACAAAUAAACCUUUCAGUGCUGGGUUAAGGACCUCUGCCAGCAAAAUCAUUCUGCUCUUUGCCAGGAAUACUUAAAAUUUGCAACCGCCCUUUGGAUUUUGCCUGGUAUCAGUCACAGUCAUGUAUAAACGUCACACUGGUUUUGCUCUGCUCAUUGAUUGUUGCUCUGUUACGGUUUCAUUCAUAUUUAGGUGGCUUGGGAGCGGACUGUCAAAUGGGACGAACUCUGGUUUAUUUAUCAUGUUGAAUUAAAAUUGCAUUUAAAACUCAGAAAAAUUCCAUUUCCCGAAGGCACCACUAGAAUUCUAAUUUUAGUCUACAGACUUUUGUCAGGGUCCCCCUGUAUGUACCUGCAAGCUUAUGGGGAGCAGGACCGAAGCAAAAAAAAUUAUUCAUAAAUAUCAACUGCAAACAGGUUGGGUUAGACUUUAUAGUAUCCUGUUCAUUUCUGAAAAGCAUGAAAUGAGGCACUGCAUGAUAUAAAUAAGGGGGCAGUAUAGAAUUUCUAAGGCUGCAAAAAAAUUUGCUAGUCUGUUUGCCUGCAUCACUGGUUGCAUUCACUGUGUGCAAGAUUGUUACAGAAUCAAAGUGCAUAAGGUAGAGGUCUUCCAGCAUUACUACAGGCAUCUGAGGAUCCCUUCCAUUGAUGUCUUUACCCAUUUUGGUACCGUGUACAUAUACCUAAUAAUGCUGAUGGUGUUUGCUAUUUAGUGGAACCUUCCUUUAUGUUGUAUGCUUGUUUCCGUUGACUCAUCUUGCUUGUCAGCAGAAUCCUAUUGCCACUGCAAUUCAAGCCAAGUUUGGAUUAAUGCAAAGGCAUGCCAAUAGUUUGCACCAAAAUGUCUUCACCGUUGUUCAAAAUUAACUUCACAUUCUUAGGCCAAUUCCUAAGGAGAUGCUGUUGAGCUGUCUCCACUGGACUAUACUGUACAUGUUGUAAAACUGCUUACAUGUACGUAUAGUGGUUUUGAUUUCAAUUUUGCAUGAUUUUUCCACUUUAUACAGACUCAAGACUUUGUUUUUAUUUCAGUAUAUUUAUGAAGGGUUUUCUUGAGCAUGGUGAGACAAAGUCCCAGCUAUCCUGCAUUUUCUUCAAUAAAUAUAUUGGACCUCACCCCAUUUCCUCUAAUUGUCUUAAAGACAUCCUCCAGUCACAACAUUUUAGUAGAAUCAUCUAGAUCAACAUUUCCUGAAGACUGUGACAUUUUUAUGCUCUUCCAUUAGACCCACUGCCUACUUGCAUCUAAACCUGAUCUACCAUGGUUGUAUGAACCUUCUUCAAACUUUUCUGCUUGGUGUGUUUUGAUUUCUUUGCCUAGUGGUCAUUACUUGACCAGGAAUCCAAGGGACAGCAAGUGUCCAUAUUUGAUUUUUUAUAAUAACUUGGAAUUGUAUUUCUUGCAGGUUAUUUUUAUUUUUUCCAAAAUGCAUUUUCAUAUUUUCCCUAACUGCUAUAGUCAAGGAUUCAAAGAGAAAACACCAUAAUCAGAUGUACCUAAUAAGUGUUUAGUAGUCUUACAAGGCAUAGAAGUUCCUAAUCUAAUAAGAUUUCAGUUCAUGUUAUGGCAAGUUUCUUGACCAGAUGAAAGAUGUAUUCUCAUAGCGUUCUCUAUUAAGUUUUGGCUAGCACUUAUACACUAAUGCCUGCAGCUUAAUAUGCAACUGGUAGGGACACAAUAUGAAUGCAGUCUUUUUACAGGACCAUAAGAGACAGGUCAUUUUCUUCUCUUCAGUCUUAGAAUCCUUUAAUUUAGGUUAGUUCAAGUGUUCCUGCUCUCUUUCUUUAGCAAGGUUUUUUUUUUGUGUAAUACAGCUGUACAAUUCUCAAUUACUCCACUACAAGUAGAGCCACAAGACUAUUACAUCUCAGCUGUGAGAAUCCACUGGAUAUGGUGAUUGCUGUCCAAUUCGGCUGUCUACAAAAGAUCUGUCUUUUAAAGAAGCCGACUGUUUGCUGAUAUCUUUCCAAACAGUAACAAACUGGAAGAAUGGAAGGAUACCAAAAACCUGGACAUCCUACUUCCUUCUUUGUGAAUGAGAAGGAAUUGGGCAUCCGUUAUGUCCAACCAAGAUUCUGGAAAGCAGUCGACUAGUUGGUGUGAGUAGUUUGCUUCACUGCUUCAGUUUAUUAUUACUGGAGAAUGAACUGCGAUGAGUUUAUAGUUUUAAAUCUGUAGUCACUUUGUAACAUCUAUAAAAUUAAAUUUGUUUUCACUUGAGAAUAAAAUUGUUAUACAUGAAUAAGUUCAGAUUUGUGGGAUUAAACUGACAGUAUUUCUUCUUGCUUCAGGUGGAGUUCAUUGUGCACUAAUGUUUAACAUGAUUUUUGCUUAUGACUUAACUCCAAUUAUUCAGCAAAGAUGGACAAAUCUUGUUAGGCUGGCUUGACCUUUUUUUUUUCUUUAACCUGUGUGUCUCUAGAAAUUAUACAGAGGCUAGCAGUAAUGAACUGUCACGUAAUAGAUUUAGCGUUGAUGGAUCUGUUUGUUUAUUUUUUUUCUUUAUAUACAAAAAAUGUUUUCUAAAUGUUAAAAAAAAUGAUAGGGUGUAUCUGCCUAUUCAAACUCUACUUCUCUAGGGCUUCUGAUGUGUUAUGACUACUCUUUAUUACACUGAUUCAUUUUAGCUCAUGUUUUCAUUUUUCUGAGUGCGUUGCUCAUUCCUUUCA